AUGGAUAGCGGUAUGAUAGUCUUAUGCUGUAGAUUAUUUUUGAGGGUUGUGAAUGCAGACCAGAAAGCCCUGUUUCGAUACCGGCGGUGGCUGGCAGGUAGCUUCCUGUGGCUUGGUGCCCCGCAUGCUUGGAUUUUAAUUUUUGUUUCUGUGCAACCUCCCUAUCCGAGCCCCAGUUGUCCACCGUCACCACCACAUCUACCAUCCCCCACCAUCACCCCCGAGCUCUCCACCUGCGAUAGCUAUUCAUAA